ACUUACCUUAUAUCUCAAUUAGAUUUGGAGAGAGAAAGUGUGAUAGGGUUUUGUCCGAAUCUCAAACAGAGAAGAGAAGGAGAUCAUGGUUCUCAAACCUUGCGCAGUUGCCUCAGCGACAGACAGAGGUUCGAGCAACUUGGAGGAGGAUUCGAUGGAAGCAUCUUCAGUGAUUCUCAAACCUUUCGCAGCCGUAACGGCGAGGGAAGGGUGUUCGAGCGAGUUGGAGAGGGAGGCCAUGGAGGUUUCAUCGGCCGUUGACGAUUCGUGCCAGAGAAAGCGUAAGGCCGAGCUCGAUCCAGAGGAAGAGGGCGAUGGUGAGAUUGAAGAAGGCAGAAUUGAGGAGAGCGAGGAUGAUGAUGACAAAGAUCCCUUAGCGGUGCCAGAGUGGGAUGUGGACAGCUUCGAUGGUGUGGUGUAUACUUCCUCUUCGGAGCCUGAUCGUGAAAACAUGGAGAAAGCUAUCAACGACUAUCGCAUCUGUAAAAAAAAGCUCAUCGCCAGCAAGGGUUUCAUGGUGGAUCCAUCGCUUAGGCCACAUUAUUUGUACAAAAGAAUCUUCCCGUUAAAUUUUAACGACAGUGGAUUCAACCGAAACUACUGUGAAAAGAUGGUCUCUGUAUGUCUUGAGAGGCAUAACCAAGACAAUGGUUCGAAUGUGGAGUUUGUUGAGGUGGUGAGAGCUAACUAUCGAGGGGGUCCGAGACCCAAGUCAUACAUUACAUUCAUGGCCAGGGAGAAACCGGAUGGACCGCUUGUUGAGUAUCAAGCCAAAGGUAUGGCUACUCUUGACAGAAAGAAGCAUCCCAUCCUCUGUAGACCGGCUCCUACGCCAAUACCGCAAAACCAAAACUAAUUAAGUUAGAAGGUGGACUUGGCAAAAGGGCAAUCAUCAGAAGUCAGAUACAAUCCCUAGUGGUUGUAACAUUUUAACUUUAGCUUUUUGUUUUAUAAUGUCUCUCGUGACCAUGUUCUCUAGAACUCAACAACUAUGUAAUUGAUUGAAUAUUUUUGGAGUACCAUUUUUUUUGUAACACUUUGGAGUGCCAUCUUAUUUAUUAUUUAAUAGUAGGACUAUGAAGCGGUUUCACU